UCACGUUGCUUGCAAAGAUGAUUGUCAAAUCGAUACCGUGCGAUUGUUUCUUGAGAAGGGUGCCAACAUCGAAGUGAAAAAUGAGCGCGAGGAGACAUGCUUGGACCUUGCAUGUCGCAAUUACUCAGGAUCACCUCUGUUGUGCAUGGAAGCAAUACUGCAACACUGUAUUACAAAUCUUGGUACAGAAAAGGCACUGGAGAUGGCACGAUCAUCUAGAAACGUUAGCCGACACGAAAAUGCCAGGACUCUCGAGACAUUUAUCACGUUUCACGAGUUGCUCAUGGAUGGAAGUGAAGAUCCGAAUGAUCUUGUCAUCAUGGUGAGCGGUGCUGGAGAAGUGGGCAAGUCCACCAUGAUAGCUACACUCACCAGUACGACUGACACGCGGAAGGAAGAUCCUGAAAGAACCAAGGGAAUCCAGAUCACGACACAUCAGGUCAAAGACGGACCUGUGCUACACUUCAAGGACAUGGCAGGCCAGGAAGACUUCUGCGUGACACAUGACAUCUUCUCGCUGUCCUCAGCCGUUCCCAGUAUUGGCCUGAUCACAGUGAGGGGAACAAUGGACAUCGAGGACAUCAAGUAUAGCAUGAAGAAAACUGCUGGCCGUUUCUUGAGCAGACGGAAGGCACCUGUUGUCUCAGGCAAGCAGGUCUCAUCGUUGUUCACAGUUUUGGUGGUUGUGACUCACCUAGACAAGAUCAAAGAGGAAAAACUUGAUGCGAUCACUGAUGUGUACCAGGUAGUCUGCAACGAAUUCCGAAAGAAGCUUUCGUUCAAGCGAUUUCUACCAUUGAAUGCAAAGGAAAAGGAUGAGCGUUUCGCAGCAUUCGAGGAACAGCUGAUAUCUGUCUGCAUGGAAGAGUUGAAGACGGCUCCAAAGCAACCGAAGAUUCUGAGUCAGGCAACAGAAGUAUUGAGUUCACUGCAGAAAGAGGUUGGCAAGCCGUACUCCAGCAAGGACAUGUUCACAAACAGCCUUUGCGCCGCACUUAACCUGACGAAGCUUAACAAUCCGGAGACUAUUGACAAGCAGGUGACGUCAUUCACGAAAGUACUGACUGCAUAUGGAAUGAUCGUUUCUUUCAAUGCUGCGCAACUGAAGGAUCUCAUUGUCAACCGUCCUGGCUGGCUAUUGGAGCAUGCCGUCGGUGUUCUCUUCUCACCGGUGAACUUCAAGGGUGUCACUGUGAAGUUCAUCAAUGGUGCGGCACCACUGGAAGAUGUUAUUCGCACGCUCAACGAAUGUAAGGAAGCGGAAGGGGAAGGGCUGAUGAUCCUACGCAUGGUCAUUCAACUCGGCGUAGCUCUUCAAGUCGGCGAGGAGCUGCUGGCCCCGCAAAAACUACCAUUGUCAAGCUGCCGCCUGGGUACAAUGCUGAAAGAAGGUGCUGAGGACACCGCCAAAAUCUUCUAUGCUGGCAUGGAAUUUGUUUGUGAGGAUGCCCCGGGCUUCUCGCCUGCGAUGGUUGUCCGCGUGCAAACCCAGCUCUAUGCGUAUUUCAAUGACGCAAAUCACCAAUUCAGCAACCUGGACCAGAAUCCCGUGUGCAAGCUACACAAGAAUGUUGUUGAAAUCACAACAGGAGAUUCCUCGGCACUAGGCUGCGUGUCGUUCUGUGAGAGUAUGCUUCGCGCCGUUGCUGUUGUCCGGGCUGAUGAAGCAGAUCGUUUUGACGCGUUCUGCUUGCUCAACAUCCUGCAACUGGUGUUCUUUGAUAUGAACGAGCAGCAUAGCCCUGGCACGUCAUUCCAGAUGAAAGCUGUCAGCCCAUCGUCGAUACGCAACCAGCUGUCAACUGCCUCCAAAGGCUUCUCGUUCGUUUCUUAUGAUACAGAUCGCGUACGUAGAAACUUCUCCAAUGGAAGACCUCUUCGCACCGGUGCUUUCAGAGACGACCCUUCAGACUUCCUGUGCCUGCCAGAGAAUCAUGCGUCACUGCUGCCCGACUCAGUGGUCGAACAGCUCGACUCGGCUCUCGACCAGGAUCAUCUUGUGAGGCUUGCAAGUCUGCUGAGGCGCCCACGGGCCCUGGCCAGUGUAGAUGUCAGCACCACAGUGACAAGCCUGAUCAGAACGUGGUCGUUUGCUGAUGUGCAAAACAACACCACAACCAAGCUGUUUGAAGUACUGGCGAAAUCUGAUGAGGAUGGGACGUAUGGUGAUAUCUGCAGCAUCCUGGAAGACCAUGAGGAACGUCUGUUCAGCUUGUUCCCGGAUAUUUUCCACGAAGACUAUCUGGAAGAAGAGGUCGAGGAAAAGGAGGCAGAAGAAGCAGAAUCUGAAGAUGCUGGCAAUGUUACAGAAGCCGACUCCAGCGCCGGGAAAGGCUUGACAAAGACCUGUGAGCUAGUUUUGAAACUGGAGCCUUAUCAUGGCAAGUGGAGACCUAGCAAGCGUAUUCAAACGCUAGACUUGCCCCCUGGCCCCAGACGCCUAAGCAAUCCCUGGAAGCACCCAGACUUUCCAACUGACCGGUAUCGUGGCUGGAUACUCACCCUGCCAGCAGCUACAUUCCGGAGAAAGGUCAUUGCAAAGCGCCUGCUCCCCAGCAAUGAUGUGAUUGAAAAGCUGCGCCUCCGUGAGAGGAACGCCGGAACUCAAGAGCAUAACGAAGAUUUGCUGACUUACCUCCUGCCGGGUGGUCGGGCGUACUUCAAGACCUUCCUGGAUAUCAUCGAAACCAUGUAUCCACACAAGCGCUCUGAAUUUGAGGUGUUGUUGGAUCCUCCUGAGGCAUGAGCUACCUUCAGCUGCCAUGAUGUCUUCACUCCCACUCUGUAGUCUUUGCUUUGUAGCUUGUUGGCGUUCACAUCAACUGACAAGCAAGCAAGGUAUACGGGGGCUAGUAUUUUCUGCUGUUUCUUUUGGUAAAAAUGUGUCACCCUGCAUAUAGUUCCCUGCAGCUAUUGAUGCACCCGUGAAAACAUCGCUCCUGUGAGUGAUUGAUUUCUGCAGUGAAACCUUGCUUUUUAUGUUUCUUUAGAAUGAAGUAGAGCUUUGCCUUUAGCGCUACCUAUCUGCUCGCGUUAUAAUUUGUUGUUGUCAUUGUGAUACUCCUUUUGGAGGUCCCGAAUCAACAAGAUAAUUCCUUCUGUGAACAUCUACUGGCUGUAUUAUCUGUAUGGUAAUUGUAAGUGUAUCGCUUGCAACAUCACAAGACUACAUGGAUCACUGUCUGAAAUUGCACCUUAAUGCAUUCUUGUAGUCCAUGGCAACACUGGGUACGUUUUUUGUGUGUAUGGAUACUAUGUAUUUCAUCAGUGUCCUCUUAGCGUAAUGUCUGAUGUGCUUGCCAUUAGUGCAAUGGCCCGUUUCUGAACCUUACGUUUCUGCAUUUUUGUUGACAUUACUCACGGUUGAGGAUGCCUAUCCUCUCCUUUCCUUCUGUGGAAUUUCUUCACCCUCUUAUCACCUAGCCAUGGCCUGUGUAGGCUGUUUUACAAACAGA